AUGGGCGAAUGCUCUCGCGUCUGCUCGGCGUGCUCGGCCCCCAAGGCUCACUACUGCAGCUUGUCCUGCCAGCGAAACGACUGGAACACUCACAAGGCCAACUGCGCCGGCGCCCAGAAAUACAACUGUUUCCUCAUCCGAGCUCCUCCUACCUCGGCCACUGAAAUCAACGACUCUGACUAUGUGGAGCCAUUCACCCUCGAGGCACAUGGGAACUGGUCCGCCGAGAUGCGAGAGCUGAAGCAGCGAAUGGGUUGGCCUACCACCGACGAAGCCGGCAAGUUCUACCCGCACCAGCCCGUGGACCACUGGUAUUACUAUGUCUACCAUUCCGAGGGUGCAAAUGACCCCAAAAGCUCGAUUGCCUCGCGCUGA